UGAUUACGCAUUCACCUUUGAAACGUUCAGCAACCCAAAAGCGAACGGGGGAAAAAAGCAAUCAUCGUCUUUCAGCACGUACGGGCGCAGAUUGGAUAUCGCGAUAAAAAAAGAGAAAUUUUUCCAUAAUUCUAGACGAUUUCAGGUGAAAUUGUGCUGCUUAGAUAUUAGUUCGUGUAGGUCCCGAUAUGUGGCUUGUGAAGUGAUCUACUGCUAAUCGUGAUUCUUCGUGAGACCCUAACGCUGUGCAUUUUUUUCUGUCGCGAUCGCUACUCAUUGCUCCAUUAUUGUAACAAUUACCAGCGCAACAAAAGGCACACCACAAUAGUCCUGGGCGGUAAUAAAAGAUUCUAUUGUGACGCUUGCUACAUUGUGUCCCUCGUCGAUUUGUGUUAGCCAGAGCCAGGAAGGUUAGAGGAAAAAAUCGAUUUUUCAACCUGGCACCUGGCCGUAUUUGUCGGUGAGAGGCAGGAGGAGAGCUAGAAGUUGACGGUGAACCGCCUUUCCAUUUUUGCGUUCAAGUGAAACUUGUGAUGGUGCCGCCGUGGUCAGUGCGAGAGCAGCAAGGUCUUCUGAAAUAAGCCUAUGAUGUUUCAGUAGCACUAACAGCUGAACGAAGUUUGCGUGUGAAGAAUGUCACGGUGGCCGUAAAAAUCAAACCGAAAGUUUGGCCAAUAAAAAUGAGUCUUGUGCUGUCCCUGGGCAUGCCCUAGUUUCAAAAUUUUCUCAUUGCUUCGUGUGCUGCACCGUACAUUGUGGCCCGUUAUUUAAAAAAAUUAAAAGCAGUGAAAGAGAGGAAGAGUGUAAAAAUACGGCCGAAAUCUAACGCAAAUCGGCUGUGGUGCAUGUUUAGUAAUCGUGUAAAGAAAAAACAACAAAACCUGUGACUGGCUAAGAAGAUGGCUCUUUCUUCGGAUCCACACGAGCAGCGACUGUAUCAAAUGUUCCAGGCACACGACGUCGACUCACGCGGUUCUCUAAAUCGAGAGGCUCUAGUGAACCUCUGUCGAACGUUAGAGCUGAAGGAACGUGGCCAGCAGUUGGUAAAGUGUCUGCUAAGAGACGAGAUAGCUCGGGUAACCUUCAAGGAGUUCCGUGAGGGUUUGCUGCACAUUCUCGGUGGAGAGGAACCGGACGACCAGGCGGAGCCGAAAUCGCUAACCCUUGGGGAUCGUUUAGAUUCAGCUGACGGUCAGAAUGUGUCAACAGGUUCACCCACGACUAUAUCCUCGAACCCCGCCUCUCCCUGCACUAACAACAGCAACAGCAACAACAGAAGCAAUCUAAACACGGCGGGUAGCAUAAUUUCCAACACAUCUAAACAACAGCAGCACCAUCGUUCCCAUCCACAUUCCUACCAGCAGCGGCAGGCAGUAGACAGAGAUGCUCCGCAUAAUAAUAGGGCAGAGUGUAACGAAUCAGUCGCAAAAGUUGUCGCUAAGAGUGCAGUGCCAUUGUGUGUCGAGGAAGAUCGUCCACUAACAAACUCCGCUACAGAUAACCCCUCCAAUCCGAUAACAACUGCAUCUGAUAACGAGAAUGAGUCAUCCGAUCGGGAAGUGUCGCCCAAGUUCGUAGUGGGUGCAAAAAAGUACGGCCGUAGGUCACGGCCGCGGGACGACACGACCGCACUGGACACGUCCUCAGAUUUCAGCAACUCAGACAACGAAUCGGUUCCGUCGAACCAGCAGAAGGACGCCGCAGGGAAAAACUCCUCAAAGGUGCAACGAUCUGCGUCGCAGAGUGACAUUCACGGUACGAAACGUCGCCGGCCGAUGAGCGGUGCCAGGCUCAAACGGUGCGUUUCACUACCAACACACCGGCAGCGGCCGGAUUUGGCACAAAGUAAGCUGAACGCUAAGGUUGUUCGCGAUCAGCUGAAUAUGGACGAACAAAUGGAUAGGAAAAUUUAUCUGCUUCGGUUGUACGAAAAGCUACGGGACAUAUGGGAUUCCCUGCUUGGUGACGGUCACGGCGCUCUGCUAAACCAAUCCCAGCUGGAGGUGGUCUGCGAACGGGCCGGCUUGCAGGAACUUCCCGCCAAGCUGGCCGCCCGAGAAGUUUUUGCGAAAUUGUCGCUUCAACCGAUCGAGGGAAUUGGAUUUGAUGAGUUUAUUGCGCUGCUGCAAAGUGAUUCCGAUAUUCUUCCUAUUGGUGGUGGUGGUGGCGGCUGUGAAAAGAAACCGACAAUUGACGGCGGUGAUUGUGUCGUCACAGCGCGAAUGUUCGGCGAAAGUGACACUUUCAAGGCUCAGGAAUUGGACCGCGAUAGUGUGGAAGAGACUGUCGGCUUCAGCGUGCAGAUGCCAGAUUUAACGGCCGAAAUUGGAUCGCUUUCGUCGUCCAUUAUAAUCGACAUGUGGGAGUCGGCUGGAAUUGUUAACGCGAGGAAUCUACUGCAUGAUCUCGGAUUCUACGACGAUGAAAUUCAGGUGACAAGUUUGGCUAGCGCCCUGGAGGACGAACAGCAGCGGCUGGGCGAAUGCAACGAAACGUAUGAUAUUGUGAAGGCCUCUUACGCGCUACACAAAGCGGAAAACGGCGCGCUUCGGCAAGCUUUCGUGCAGCUAGUAGAGGAAAACAAGAAACUGUACGCCGACAACAAGGAGGUCAAUCAGCGGGCGCUGCUGAUCGCACAGGAAGUGGACGAGCGGCACAACUCCCUGGAAGCGGCUACCCGGAACAAGAUUCGGCUGUUGGAGCAACGCCACCACGAGACGGUGAAGGAACUCACGUCCCAGCUGGCGUUCGAGCGGGAACAGCUUUCUGGUGCGAAUGCUGCUCUGGAGAAACGAAUUCAUGCUCUAGAGGUUGAGGAAAGCAGACAGAAGGUAGAAAUCGGUCGUCUAACGGACGAGAACGAUAGCCUCCGGCUGGAGCAGGAAAACCUCACCAAAGAGAUGGCGGAAUUGCUAGAGAAGAACAUCCGGCUGAACAAGGAUAUCACCGAGCUGGAGGAGAACAAUCGCAAUGAUAUAGACGAUGGAUUCGGUCGGAAGGAUGAUGUAGAAGUACUGGAAUUGAUCGAAAAGAUUUCGUUACUACAGGAUGAGAACACCGAACUGAAAGAUAAGAAUGAUGAGUUGAGUGUGGAAAUUGAGACGUUAGGUGUGGAGUUAGCCAAGUUUAAGUUGAAGCGAAGUGGAGUUAGCAGAACGAGUACGCUGGAAGUGUCCCCGGUGGUGGUAGAAUCAGCCGGUGUUUGCGGGGACGAAAAUGCAAGCGCCGCUAGGAAGCGACAGGGAGAUUCACCAAGCAAAGCUCGCCUUUCGGAUGAGAGCCCCCGGCUAGGAAAGUUCCGCAAGUGCAGCAAAGAUUUGGAGAACGAAUCGGACUCCAGUGGAGACUGGAUGGCGCUACAGUCCGAGUUGGGAAUGAAAGUGGACAGUACCAUGGCAUCGUCGGGAAUUUCACAUGAUUACUCCAGCAACAAUGAGUCCGGUUUUAAUGAUGACGAGAUUCGGCAGUUGAAGAUGAAAAUUGAAGAGCUGGAGAAGAAACUGGAAGAACAGAAGGCUCGCUCUUCUGGUAGUAAGACUGAGGCGGAACGUUCGGAGACUGCGGAUCAAUCGGAGCAAAGUGAACAGGACAAACUGAAGAGUCGGUGUGAGGAGCUAGAAGCUAGCCUGGAACAAAUGAGUAAGGAGUAUGAAGCUUGCGAGGAUUACUGGCAGAACAAGGUUAACGAAGAGCGUCAGUUGUUUGAAGAGGAACAGCGAAUUUCCGAUGAUAAGUUCAACGAACUGCUGAAGAAAAUGGCUGAGUAUGAAGAACAGUUCGCAGGUCAAGGAAGCAGCAAAACUGAAGAUGGCAGACUUUCUCCGAUUGAGGAGAAAGAUAUCCUCGAACAGCAAUACUUGGAUCUGGAAGUCGAGUUGCAGCAGACGCAGCUGGUGCUCGAGGAGAAGAGCCACGAGGUUGAAAAAUUGCGGAAUAGAAUUGCCGAGUUUGAACAGUUGACCAAAUACUCGUCGGAUGUGAUGCUAGCUACACCGCCUCGGGUCGAUACACCAGAAAUGGAUAGCCCCGCAAGUUCGCCCAUCAGUUAUCUAAUGAAACAAGGAACGAUUCAGGCACCAACCCGCGACUAUCAGAAUCCAAACUGGCCACUGAAAACAGUUCUUGCGGGUAACCCAGCAGAUGCCAUCAAUGGUGGCCCACUGCGGAAUGAGAACGGCGAUGAAGAAAAUUUGUUAGUAGCGGGAACCGACGAUUCGGGCUUCAAUCGAACCAUUUCUCCGAUUCAGAAGCCGAUCGCAGCUGGAAGUGAUGUGGUGUCAUGCGGUGGCGGCGAUCAUCAGGCCGAUUUGGCUGAAAGCUGCGAUGGUUCAGGAUCAGAGAAAUCUGGCCAAAGUAUGCACAGUUUGGCUUCAACUCAUAGCAUCCACAAAUCCGUGUCUCAAAGCGACAUCGUAUUGGCGGGCCAAGAUCAGCUGAAAAAGUUAAGGCUGAUGCAGUUGCAGCUGCAGGAUGAGAUUAAGGAGUUAACCCAUCAGAGAGACUGCAUGAAGAUGGAAUUCCAGCAGCUGUGCGAAGCCAAACCGAUUCUGGCUCGUGCCUAUACUAAGACAGCUCACCCAAACCAAACCCAGAAGAUUCAACAUCUGGAGCAGAAAGUACGUCAGCAGCAGGCAAUGAUAAAGCAGCAACAAAUUUACACCGAGAGUAUCUUGCAUCAAAUCUGGCAACAGCAGCGUAGUGAAAUAACGGAGCUGCGAAACCGACUGGAGGCGCAGAGUAUGGUGAUUUCCGAUCAGGCAACCCGGCUGGCCAGUAACGAUAUGCUGGUCAAGGAUUUGUACGUAGAAAAUUCCCACUUGAUGGCACAGGUUCAACGGCUGGAGCAGCAGAAAGCCCGGGCCACUCUGUUGCAGCAGCUGUCGCAGGCGACCGCCAAUGCGCACCAUCAGGCGACGGCACAUCAUCCGAGUCAGCUGAGUGGAAUCGUGCCUGGGUUGCCCUAGGCAGCAGGGAGUAUUUUAAUGUGUCAUAAUCGUAAGAUUGUUUUUUAUGUCUGGAGCACGCUCGUGUUCGAGGGUGAAUGUAAUGAAAUGGAAACUUUCAGCGGUAGUAGUCAUGUUCCAAAUGUUGGACUAUUUCUAAAAAAAACGCACCAAAAUACUAGAUCUAGCAUGCAGCAGUAGAAUGUUUCCGAAGGGAUAAUCCACAAAAUUUAUUUAUGUACUAAAAUUGUUUAAACUUGUAUAUCUACAUUGUGCGGAAUUGGUUGGCAAUUCUACAUUUCAUUGAAAAAUACACAUAAUUUAUUUUAUACCUGAUUAGAUAGAAAUAGUUCUCCUUGUGAAAGAGAAUAAUUAUUAAGAGAAGCAAACGAAAGAUUACAGCAUCAUCAUCGUUUGUCUAUCGCCGCUGCAUAGAAUUCGCUUUGUUCUUUUUUACGAGACAGCGAAAAUCUGCCUAAUCGAAAAGUAGCAAUACAAAUUUCGAUUUCUUUUUUGUUUUCAAUCAGAAUGGAAACACCUCAAAUUGACUGAAUAAUUAUUUGCGUUAGCGCAACCACUAUACUAUUACUACUAGUGCGAAUAUCGUGGCGGAAGUUUUUCCAGCCAGUUCUGUGAUGAUUAAACUACACAACAGAAAAAAAGACAUCACUACUCAGCACGCAGACCUAACAGAGAUGUGCAAUCAAUGAAUGCUACAUCACAUCAACUAUCAACAUAAAAUUGGCCUUACAUUUUGUGCAGUUAUAUUAAAGUUAACUAACUGUCUGAUUUUUACUUUGUGUAUAAAUGUUUUCGCAUUUUUCGUACACGUUAUGGGAACGUUUGCUUUAAACAAUGAUCGAACACCAUCUUUUGAUUAUAUGAUAUCAAACAAUGUGUAGGCCUAUCGCUUCUAGUUACUAUUAUGCAUGAGCAGAAAAACUACUACCUAUAUAAUAUAACAAAAAACGUGAAGUUAUUCGGAAAAAAACUACUUUUCAUAGAACAGCGAUUUCUAUGUUGUCCAGUUAGCGUUAAAUUAGCAAAUUAGCCAGAAAAAAAGACAUAUUUGUAGCUAUCGUAAGAGUAAAGAAUUGUGAAUAAAACCACUUUGUCCCGAAGAAUGGUAA